AUGUUCCGUCCUACAGUCUCUCGCGCCGCCGGAUUCGUUUUCCGUGAGAACCGCGUUCCCUACUACCAGCGUCUCUUCCAGCAGCACGACGGCAAGCGCCAAUGGUGGAAGACCUCCCGUAGCGGCUACAUCAUGUACCCUUACCUCAUCUCCGUAUACGGUCUCGGCAUUGCCACCACCUAUGCCAUGUGCCGCAUGGUUCUUGGCCACAAGACCUGGUUCGGCAAGAACUAG